CCUCCACAAUGCUGUCAUGGCGAUGGGGGUGGCGAUUCUGGCCGGCAUGCGCCGCGGCGGAGCAGGGAAACAGGUGACCGCAGUGCCCCCUUUCGCCCUUGGGACCGGUGACUUUUCACAGCCUGGCUUAGAUAUCACGUAUUCUAAUUCACCCAAGCAGGUUUUGUCCAUCCAGCUGCAGAAUAAGAAGCAGGGUCGAAUUGUCAUGCACGCCACCCGCCCUCUCUUUGAAGAGCAUAUUGAGGAGCUCCUGCUUUUCUUCGGCCUCGUCACGGAUAUCGAGGGCCCCGAGCCGAAGGCCUCGGCGCAGGGGCUUCUUUCGGCGCCAGUGCAGCGCCUCAGUGCACGCGAGUUGCUUCGCCAGCCCCCGUCGGGCGCUGGCACCUAGCGCGGUGCCCUCGCCGGCCCCGGAGCCGGGUGCGCCCGCGCACCGCUGCGCCAGUUGCGCUCCUGCACCUGCGAUAGCUUCCC